UUGCUGAGGGGUUUUUCUUGUAGAAUUAUGAAGAUUUGUCUCUUUCUGUUUGGGAACUAACUAGAGAGGAAGACGCAGUGAGGUUUGGUGUGCCGUGAAGUCAUAAACCGUAUAUUGGGAAGGAAGAGUGUUGAAUUAUUGCAAGAUGUCGUACGGCGGAGGAUCAAAGUGCCCGAAAUGUAUGAAGAGUGUGUACUCGGCUGAGGAAGCACCCACUCCUGUGCAGGGACAUAAAUUCCAUAAGCUCUGCUUCAGAUGUGAGGCCUGUAAUAAGAUGUUGGACUCCGUGACUGUUGCUGAGCAUGAAUUGAAGCUUUAUUGUAAACAGUGUCAUGGGAAGUUCUUUGGUCCUAAGGGGUACGGCUUCGGUGGUGGUGCCGGUACCCUCGGCAUGGACUGCGGGGAGAGGCACGGUGGAGUCAGACCCCCAAAUCAGCCCUCUACGGUAGCCCAAGCUUACUCUGGUGCUGACUACCAGACUGGCCCACCACCAGAAGGGUCUGAUAUCUGCCCCCGAUGUGGCAAGGCUGUUUACCAAGCUGAAAAGAGAUUGGCUGCCAACCAUGCUUGGCACAUAAAGUGUUUCUGCUGCGCCUACUGCGGCAAGAGUGUUGACUCAACUAACGUUAGAGAUCGGGAGCAUGAAAUCUUCUGCCAGGCUUGCUAUGCAAAGGGGUUCGGCCCCGUUGGCGUUGGCUACGGACAAGGAGCUGGAACUCUCGGUAGCACCACUUAGAAACCUCACCCUGACUGCAUACAGCCGGAAGGAAAACAGAAGCUGGCAUGGUGCCCGACUAACUUUGCGUGACGUCACUGCAUUAUGUAGAAGGCGCUAUAUGAGAUGAUUUUCAAAUGAAUAUUCAUGAGAUGAUUUUUCAAAUGAAUAUUCAUGAGAUGAUUUUUCAAAUGAAUAUUAACUUUAUGAGCGUGUUGGUUGAAGUCUGUAAGAGUAAUUUACCAUCUAGAACCGGCUGUAAAGGAUGGUUGGAAAAAAAAACGCGUCUAUAAUUUUAGAUUUUAGUUUAGUUUAUUGGAAUAAAUCAGAGUUUUCACUUGUAAAGUUUUUCAAACUUCACAUACCUCUGUAAAGUUCUUGGACACAUUUCUUUAUAAUGAUAUUUUUUUCUGAAACACUCAGAAUCAAAUUCAUAUUUCACAUAAAUAGUUUGCAAACUCGGCUAUGUUUUCUAUUAUAGAGUGCAAGAAUAAUAAAGGAUUAUUUUGUCCUGGAAAAUAAUAUUCUACAGAGAGGCUUUUCAUUUUAUUAAUUUAAAACUGCAUGUGCUGUAGAUGUGGAGGGAAGCUUGCUAACCAGAUAUUCUUAGUUAAAUAUUACUCGCUGUAACACUCAAGUUAGGCCUAUUUGUGAAUUGAAGACUAUUUCAAUAUUUAUUAUCAAAAUAUAAAUUGUUUUUUCUUGAAAACGGUAUCACCACAUGUGCCUUUUGUAAUAAUUAAGUGUACAAAUAUAUAUUUAUGCAUAGAUUGGGUUAAAAUCACCCUUGAGUAAGAAUAGAUCCCCCAUAGGUAUAUAGACUGAUGUAGUCUUAGGAAUGGUCGACUGUGUAUAAAGGGGGUAUAAAGCUAAUCAGUUCAGUCAUUUGAAUGCGAAAAGAUAGCAUAAGUCAAAACGCUUUGUAUUUUAUAAUUUGCUAUACCAAGUCUAAUAAACAAAAUGCUGAAUUAA